AUUUCAAUAUGCCCAAAAUAGAAGAAAUUGAGAAACGUUUAGAAAAGAGAUGUCAGAGUGUUGGUAAAGGGACUAGGCCAAGAAGGUUCUUACUAGGGCUUUCUCAUAAUGAACGAGACGGCCUUGGAAGGUUACUGAUCAAUGGAAUACCCAAGGAAAGGAAACUUGCUAAGCCUCCAAGGCCAAAGCUAGACAAAAUUUCAAAUAAAUAUUUUGUUCAAGGAGAUUCUGUGAAAUAUAGCAUUGACAUGCAGAAGUAUGUGAAACCAUUUAACAGAAUCAGCAAGUCAAUUGGAAGAUAUAAAACAGAUUGAACCCCUUGAAGCAGAGACCUGAGUGAGGUUGGCUCAGUCUCAGAUUUCUCAAUAAAAGACAUUAAAUUCCGAGGAUUUUCUUAUAACAGAAGGACCCCAACCGCUAAUCAGAGGGAUGAAAUGAGGCUUAGCAAAUAAAUUAGACUACAAAAUCCCUUUAGUGAGCAAAGACGUUCGAGUGAAGCAGUUUGAGACACUUGAGGACAAAUAUACUAAAAGCAGGUCUGUCGAUUAAUAUUUAGGCCAUUCAUUG